AUGCCGAACGUCAAAGUACGUACGCCGACCGCAGAUCCAGCAAGCCCGAAACUGAUCAUCAGAAAUACAUCAGCUCCAGAGGGAAAGUUGCGCCAGGCCAGGUUUGGUUCUCCGGAUUACAAAGUCAUCCGCUUUGCGGUCAUCUCUCGUGCGGUGGUCAUCUGUUUAUCUAUCCUGUCUGACUGGGCGAUCCCCGACCAUGAGCCUGAUCCUUCCGUAGCAAGAUCGCCUGGAGUCUCUCCAUGGCUUCGGGCCUUCACGCGUUGGGAUGCCGCACGUUUCGUGAAGAUUGCGCAGCAAGGCUACUUGCUCGAGGAGGACUACGCGUUCAUGCCAGUAUUGCCCUUGGCCAUAUCUGGGAGCGUGCGGCUUGCGAGCAUGGUUCUUCCCGAGAUAGGUCCAGUGCAUUUCGUGGCUAUAGGAAUGAUGAUUACAAACAGCUGCUUCGUUCUAGCUGCGUGGCUGCUGUACCGGCUGGGCCUGUUAGUGCUGCAGGACCAGCUACUUGCGUUUCGCUCUGCAAUUGUUUUCUGCCUGUCCCCUGCCGGUGUCUUCUACAGCACUGUGUACACAGAGAGCCCCUUUGCAGCCUGUUCCUUCGGAGGGCUCUUUCUGCUGGAGCUCAACCGGCCCCUGCUUGCAGCGGUAUUCUUUGGGCUUGGAACCGGUCUUCGUUCGAACGGCAUGCUGAAUGCGGGUUUCCUGGUCUAUCACUGUGCGUGUACAAUGCUUCGGGAUCUGCAAGGAGGGACCGAACCACUUCAAGUGCUUAUUACGGGUGCAAAGAGGCUCGGCAUGCUGGUGCUGGGCGUCGCAAUUAGCGUUGGGCCUUUUUUGGCUUUUCAAGUCUAUGCCAUCCAGAAAGAGUGUUACGUGAAGGAUGCUUGUGCUGAAGCUGAGCAGUGUAGCAUUUCUGAGCAACCUCCACCAUGGUGUCAAGGAUCUAUACCGAGUGUAUACAUGCACGUUCAGAAGAAGUACUGGCAAGGAGGCUUCCUAUGUUACUGGCAGCUGAAGCAGUUACCGAACUUUGCGCUGGCAGCACCUGCCUUAUCCCUUACGGCGCUUGGCGUUCGGCAUAUUUUGCUCGACUUUUUUGGGCAAUUACAGCAUUGGGCACAGGUUAGGAGUGAAGAUACGCCAGCGCUUAGAGCUGCCACUGGCAUUUGCAGAGCCGUUCUUCUAUGCCCACUGCUACCUCAUGCGCUCCACUGGGGUCUCCUGGCAACAUACCUACUGCUAUGCGCAAACGUACAGAUAGUUACGCGCGUGCUGGGAUCUGGGUGUCCUGUCUUCCACUGGUUUGUGGCCUCCCUGUUGUUUUCACGUAGAUUGCACAAGACUUCAUGGCUGCUGAAAUGCUACCUGGGCGUGUUUAAUUUCGUGGGCAUCAUCCUGCAUCCGAACUUCCUGCCCUGGACAUGA